CCUCACCUCAUCGAACAACGUCUCGAUCAGCUGAUCUCCCACUUGUUGUUGGAAGCGGAAAGUCAUACCUGAUACCUAAGCCAUUGACGAAACCCUCACGUCAAACACCCGUGGGUUGCUCUCGUAGUCUUCAGUGAAGCGGCGGAUAUUUGUCGGUCUUGAACUUGGACGCUUCGAGAUUCUCGGGAAUUCCCAUAAAGUUCGUCUGUGUUCGCAGCCGAGAAAGUAAUACGUGAGCCGCGUUCCACACCUGCGAGGUGUGCAAUGACUGCGCUCUCGAAACUGACCUCUUCCUUGGAUUAUAAUUGUUACGAGAUCGCUCAUCCAUGGACGCCUUCGUGCACAUACGCUUGGUCAUACCUAUUCCUGGCGAGCCUCCGUGAAUCGGGAAAGGUCUACGGAGCUCUGUAUUUGUUCGCCCAGCUGGUCCUAGCUCGGAAGAUCUCUAUAGGAGCAUUCGUGCAGACCCUGCAAUCCGCAGCACGUUCCUCAGUAUUCCUCAGUUAUAAUGCGUUUUUCUUCCUGUUCUUCAUAUGCAUGAUUCGGAGAUCAACACCGCGUUUGUUCCUACAACAGACCGUUUUCGUCGCUGGAUUUCUCGCGUCGUUCUUGUCCAUAUUCAUCGAAAGGCCGAACAGACGGAAGAUGCUUUCCGUCUACAUGCUCAAUAUCUUCUCCGAAGUCUUAUUCAACUUUUUAUCGAGUCGAGGCUUCAUACCCUCUGUUCCCGGAGGAGAUAUCCUGCUCCUCGCAGCCGGUCUGGCGGGCCACGCCUAUUUGCUCAAUGAAUCUAGCGGAAAAGAUCCUAUCUCAAAGGCUCUGUCAUUCCUCAUCGGGAAACAGGAGUUCCACUCAGCCGCCCCAAGAGCGUGUCCCCACCCUAAUGCCUGUGCGGGUUACGUUACGAGCGGAUUCGUUAAACCCUUCCUCGUGGGUUACUUGGGACGAUGUGCGCUCUCUGCGUUCGCCGGGAACCCCGUCAGGCUAUUGAAGAAUCCCAGUCAAUUGCUCGAGAUUUUCCUCAAUCGAAAUAAUGCUAAGCAAGGCGUGAGCUUGGGUGGCAUGGUAGCAUCAUUCCGUUUGAUACGAUGCUUGCUUCGCAAACGCAAAGCGGAUGAUCAGUUAUCUCGCGCGGCCGCGAUGUUCGUCAGCGCUUCGUGGAUGGGAGUUUCUAGAAACAGAAGUCUUUCGCUGUACGUCUUCUGGAAAGCUGUCGAGGUUUACUACCUCAUUGGACAGUCGCAGAAGAUCCUGCCAGAUGUUCCAUUCAGCAGAGAGUUAAUAUAUGCCUUGAGUUGCGGAUUUAUGUUGUUCAGCGGAGUUCUCGAGCCCCAUAACCUCCGGAGUUCCUACCUGAGGUUCUUGGACAAGUUGACGGGUGAAGGGGUAUCGAGAGUGAAUCGCCACCCGGUUGCCGUUCUCGGCUUCGAUUCCACCAGGAGUUGGCCGGAUUACUUCCCCUACGAUCUUGACAUAUCCAAAGUGUCUAGGGGGUUCCUUCAACGAGUUGUUAUAUGGAGUUGAAUGGAAUUCGUCCCUGUAGACCCUGUGGACUGGAAUGUUUUCUCAUCUUCUCGGAGGGAAUUUCCGCGAAGGAUCCGAUUCAUUCGAAGUGCAAUCUCGGGAGGGUCCCGACUGUCUCGUGCAGCGUGCUGAUCCCCCGAAACUGGGUUUAGAAACCCUUUUAACAAUACUCCCGGUUCCUCUUUUGGUGAGGAAUAGCUCGAUGUUCACCGUAGGCGACUCCAGAGGACUUCUCAAUCUCUUGAGCUUAUUGAGAUGAAUCAAAAUAUGUGAUCUUGUGAAUUUCUUAACAAGGGUUCGCAGUGUUGCUCAACCCAUAUUCUCUAAUAAAAAAAAAGAUU